AUGGAUGACAACGUCAAAAAGCACUAUCUGGCAGACUCGCCUCCCUCGGUGGUCAGACUAGAAAUCAAGUCACACUUCGACUCCCUCCAGAGUGAUUCCCUUAGAAAAUAUGCCCACUAUAUGAGCCGAGCGGCAUUUGAAGGAACUCGUAUUACAUUGCGUCAAGUUUCCCCCGAGUCUGAGCCCAUCUAUGAUCUCAUAAUUUCCCUUCACCAUGCUUGCAAUGGCAACUGGAAUAGCUUGGCUCAAAAGACCCAAGUCAGUGAUGAGCAUCUCCGCUUCUUCCUUGAAUAUGCAACUCAGUUCUUGGGUAACUGCGGUAACUACAAAGGCUUUGGUGACUCCAAGUUCAUUCCCCGUUUGCCCCUCUCUGCUUUUGAAACGCUGUCAUCCAUCACACCUGAAACCAAGACAGCUUUCCAAAAAGCAAACACCACCGGAGGGGGUAUCUACGAGACUACUGAGCAGUCCAUGAUGCACCUUGGUUACCCCACUAGCGGUCACAUGACCACUUAUUAUCCUGAUUCACCUACCAUCACCAAGGACGAGAUUACCAUUAUUGGAAAUCUGAUGGAGAAGAAGGGUCUCGCAUUGGAGAACACAAGAAUUCGCAAGACCACGUCGGGUGAUUUCGAACUUCUCAUCGCAUCGGGUGUCUCAAAUCCCCCGGUGAGAGAUCGCGAUCUCGGAGAUUUGGCUACCUUUGAACUAGAUGGGAGCUUGGAAGGAAAAUCGGUGCGCCUUGUGUUUGGGGAUUACCAGGAGGAGAUGGCGAAGAUUGCCCACUCCAUCAAGCAGGCAGGACUAAACGCCGCAAAUGAUAACCAGAAGCGGAUGUUAGAGUCCUAUGCUCGAACAUUCGGUACGGGAUCUAUUGAGGCAUUCAAAGAGAGCCAGCGCAUUUGGGUGAAAGACCAGAAGCCUGUUUUGGAAACAAACUUGGGCUUUGUGGAGACUUACCGUGACCCCCAUGGAGUGCGUGGAGAGUGGGAAGGCUUGAUUGCUUUGGUUAACAUGGAGCGAACAAGAGCAUUCGGAGCACUGGUUGACAGUGCCGAAAGCAUGAUCCCCAAGCUGCCCUGGGGUACGGACUUUGAGAAAGACAAGUUUCUCAGCCCGGACUUUACUUCACUCGAGGUGCUUAGCUUCGCCGGGUCGGGAAUUCCUGCCGGUAUCAAUCUUCCCAAUUACGAUGAUAUCCGCCAAAACUUAGGCUUUAAGAACGUGUCCCUGGGUAAUGUUCUGAGUGCCAAGGCCCCCAAUGAACCUAUUCCUUUCGUUGCCGAGGCGGAUCAGGAGGUUUACCGCCGAUGCCGCGAUCCUGCCUUUGAAGUUCAGGUUGGUAUCCACGAACUUCUCGGUCACGGAACUGGCAAGUUGCUGCAAGAAACAGCCCCUGGAGAAUACAACUUUGAUGUUUCCAAUCCUCCGAUUAGUCCCGUGACGAACAAGCCCGUGGCAAGCUGGUACAAGCCCGGCCAAACCUGGAGCUCGGUAUUCGGGGCUAUCGCUGGGUCAUAUGAAGAAUGCCGUGCUGAGUGUGUGGCUAUGGUGCUGGGCUGUGACUUUGAAAUUCUAAAGAUCUUUGGCUUUGGGGAUGGCACUGAAGAUAUGAGCAACGAAGCUGGCGACGUCCUGUUCGCCGCUUACCUGCAAAUGGCUCGUGCCGGUCUGGUUGCAUUGGAGUUCUGGGACCCCAAGACUCAAAAGUGGGGCCAGGCUCAUAUGCAGGCUCGCUAUAGUAUCCUCCGCACUUUCCUCAGUGCAGGUGACAACUUUGUCAAGUUGUCGUACACCAAGGAGGAUCUAUCAGACCUGGAGAUCCAUCUGGAUCGUUCUAAGAUUCUAACCCAUGGACGACCUGCCGUGGAGAAGUACCUACAGAAGCUUCAUGUGUACAAGAGCACUGCGGAUGUUCAAGCAGGUAAGGCCUUGUAUGAUGAGAUCACAUCUGUGGACAGCUGGUGGGGAACUCAGGUCCGUGAAGUUGUCUUGAAGAACAAGGUUCCUCGAAAGGUCUUUGUGCAAGCCAACACGAUCCUAGAGGGAGACAAGGUGACCCUGAAGGAAUAUGAGCCGACUUUAGAAGGCCUGAUCCAGAGUUACGUCGACCGCAAGGUAUAA